AACCUUGUAGUCGCGGCGGCGGUGCGAGGGCGGCUCGGGGUAUAUCUUCGCGUGGAGGAGCCGAGUGACGCAGUGUGUGACGAGCCACGAAGGGAGGCACACGUCACGACAGAAGCUCCUGGAGUCCAAGACUCAACAGUCAUGCGCUGGUUCCUGGUGGCGACGGUGGUGCUGACGGCAGCCAGUGUGACGCUGGGCCGGCCAUCCAAGAACCCAAGCGACGUCACGGAGACACCCGAGACCUCAGCGAUCAUCGGGGAAAGGCUGGUGUCCAAGUUCCUCGGACGAAGAGACAAGGAAUCCUCUCCAUCACCUGGCGAGCCUGACAACUCUCUGGGAAAGAAGCCGCCUGCCACACAGCCUCCAGCUACACAGCCGCCAGCUACCCGGGCGCCAACUACUCAACCGCCAGCUACCCAAGCGCCUACUACUCAGCCUCCAGCCACACAACCUCCAACCACACAGGCUCCAACCACACAAGCGCCUACUACGCAGCCUCCAGCCACACAGGCACCAACCACACAGGCUCCAACCACACAGCCUCCAGCCACACAGGUGCCAACCACACAGGUACCAACCACACAGCCCCCACCCGCUCCAGACUCUGAUUCAGGAAGCGAAGACAGCGACCCGGCGGCCAGCGGUAAUGAACAGCAAGAGGGACCACAACCAGACACCACCCAGAAUGAACCCAUAGAAGAAAACACACAACAAAAUGAAGUUUCAGACCAAAUCACAGGCGAGAAAGAAACUCCAGGGGAAAGAGAACCAAAGAGUAUAGCGGAAGAAGGGACUGAGCUGUCCAGUAAGGAUGAAGCAGCAGGUGAAGAAGGGAGUAAUACUGAUAACGAUACAACCGCUAUGGAAGACCAAAAGAAUACCGAAGAGGGCAACUCAGUAACCGAUGAACCUAAAAAUGCAACUGACGAAAACAAAGAAGUGACUGGUGAAAAAAAGCAGUCUGAAAACACGGACAUGACAGCUGAGGUCGACACUGUCCCAGAAAACCCUGCUGACAAAGAGACCGAAAAAAGUGACAAGGAAGAAAAGGAGAUGGAGGGUGAAGCAGAGGAUGACGACGACGACGACGACGAUGGCAAUGACGAAGAUAGGGGUGAGCUGGAGGACAAGAUGGAAGAGAAAACUAACAUGGAGGGGGAAACACAGAAAGAUGAAGGGGUUCAGGAAACAAAAACCAGUUCGUCAUCAGGAGGAGCAGAAACCCAGGUGUCCGACGAAAGGCCGCAGAGAGACGCCGACGACCAUCCAAACGAUUCCAACGCGGACACGAAAUUGCGAGGUUUGGAAGUGGAAAAUAAGGCAGAUCAAGAGUCAAAGGCAGAACCGAAACUGAAGCCAGAGACCGAAAUGCAAGCAGAACCAGAGCCACAGACAGAGCCAGAACCAGAAACAGAACCAGAGCCCAAAACAGAACCAGAACCAAAAACAGAACCAGAACCCAAAACAGAGCCAGAGCCCAAAACAGAACCAGAACCCAAAACAGAAGAAGCUAAAACAGAACCAGAAGCCGAAACAGAACCAGAACCCAAGACAGAACCAGAGCUUGAGGCAGAAACAGAAUCCAAAACAGAACCAGAACCAGAACCGGAGACAGAACCAAAACCAGAGGCAGAACCGAAAUCCGAGGCAGAACCGGAACCAGAGGCAGAACCGAAGCCCGAGGCAGAACCGGAAACAGAGACAGAACCAGAACCAAAACAAGAACCUGAAGCAGAACCAGAACCUGAGGUAGAAUCAGAACCUAAAGCAGAACCAGAACUCAAGGCAGAACCAGAACCUGAGACAGAACCGGAAUCUAGAACGGAAAAACAGCCAAGGAUGGAACUGGAGCCAGAGACGGAACCUGAAUCGAAGACAGAACCAGAGCCAGAACCAGAGAUGAAGCCUGAACCAGAACCAAAGCCUGAAGCAGAACCGCAAGUUGCAACGGAGGCAGAAUCAACAACAGAGGCGACCACGGAACCCACCAGGAAACCAGAGAUGCAGGACGAGUCUAGCGCCGACGAACAAAUGGCAGCGAGUGAAACCAUUAGCCAAACCGAAACGAAGGUCCCCGCUGAGUCGCAGUCAGAUACAAAGCAAAAUGUAGGGGAAUCCAGCGCAGAAAAGAGAGAAGUCAAAGUGGAAUUUAAGAUCGAGCAGGCCAGUGGAUCUAGUACGACCGAACCUAGUCCUGAAGUUACAUCCAGCAGCGGGAAAGAAUCUGUUGACUCACACACAGAAAUGGGAACCGAAACCACCGUAGCAAAUGAACCAACAACUGAAACAACCCCCGAGACCACGAGCAAACCCACCACAGAGGAGAAGGUACACGCCGACACGAAAACCGAGGAGGAACAAAACUCAGCAACACUAACUGAAGAUGAAAUGAAUGCAAACGAAACUGAAGACCAAGUAGGAAGCGAAAGUGAGCAUCUGGAAACACGGGUCGUCCCUAAACCACCGUUCGACGAGAGGCUAAAUACGAACGAAGAAGUAGGCGAGGGAAACCAAGACGACGCCAACCUCCAGGCUAUUUUAGAGAUGGAGAGAGUCCUCAACGCAACACAGGAGGAGGAGACAGCAAAGGAGCCACCAGUCACCGACACUCCACUUACCGACAUUCCAAGUGACUAUAAGAAUAAUAUCUUCCUGAGAAGCGGACUGGAGGAAGAAAUGGUUAGCACAGAUCAGAAUGAGCAAGUUUCGACUUCCGAUCCCAACAAAUCUGAGGUCGAGGCUGCCACGGAGAAGUACCACUUUCAUGACGAGACGGGAGAAAAGCCAUGCAACUGUAAGGAGCAUCCAGAGUUGAAGGACGCUCUUAACAGGUUAGACGAACUGCAACGUAAACAAAAAGACUGGAUCGAAAUGUCCAAAGAUGGCAAGAAAACCACUGCCUCAAAACCCGGUCCACAGGAGGUCUCCGGCAGCCUUGUAGUGGCGGGAGGGGGUGACAGCGAAGUGGUAGUAGUCGAAGGGGUGAUGGAUGAAAAUCAGUCUGCCACUCAAGGCCAACUGGUGAUGGCUGACUCCUCGCUGGACACGAAUACAGGAAAGACACAUGAUAAGAUCCAUAAUACGGACGAGACAGAGAAGAAAACCGAACACACAGAAUCAGAUAAGUCUUCGGAGGAGUCUGGAGAAAGCAUAGAACAAGAAGAUGAUAAAGAAACAACAGACCACCCAUCAACAACUACAGAUUCCAUAAACACGACAACAGAAGAAGAUUCACCCUCAAUAGAAGAACAAACAACAAACACACAUACACAAACUACUAGCGUCCCUGUGGCAACAACUGUGAAAGAAACAGUCCCAAAAAACGAAUCACGACUAGAAACUAAAGCUAAAGAAGCAGUGAUAAAAAAUGAAAAUGAACACAUGGAUGAGACUUCAGACAAACGACCGGAUCAGACCAAAAUACAGCAUGAGUCUGAGGUGAGGCAGGUCCCUGUCGUCCAAGGCCGAGAGCAUUUCGACAUGGAAGAUACUUUAGCAACAACAGGAAAGAAACCUAACAUUAAAAUAGAGACAAAUGCUGAAAUGACACAAGACCAAAGCGCUACGUCAGAAUCAGUGGCAAAGUCCUCAAAAGACAAGACAACAAAAGCAGAUAAAGGACUCCUGUACAAACCAAUACUGAGCGGUGAAUCAGAACCCAAGCAAGAAAGUGAACCGAAUUCUCAGUCUGAACAAGAUCCGGAGCCAGAGACAGAGACACAAGCAGAACGUGAACAAAACACAGAAGCAAACGCUAAAGAUGUGCAAGAAGUCGCUUCAGAGGAUUCCAAAAGUUCACUUCAAGAUACUGGAAAACAAAACGCUACCGAGGAGGAAGUAACGUCGGAACCUCUUGAGGAGCAGGCAGCUGCUGAGGUAAUAACAUUGAGAGAUCUCGUUAUGACCACCAUGUCUCAUGUCCUUGCCGAAGCACCAGCUACACCCCAGCCAACGACAGAAACAAGGGAGGCGCCAACGGAAGGAGUGACGGAGAUGUCUGCUACUAAAGGAACUGUGACGGAAGAAAAGACGCAGACAGUCAUGAAAACUAACACGGUAAAACUGAACGUCCACGACCUUGAAGAGGGAGCGAGCAAGGACGCCAGUGGCCCAGCGACUCGCUGACGCCAGUGACAUUUUAUCAGACGCCAAGACUAUUCUUCGAACUAUUUUAAGUGAAAGGAAGAAAGUUCUUUUCUUCUGGAGUAUAUAUUUGCGACGUAGGUAUUUAGCUCAAUUUCUGUAGCUAUAUUCAGUUAUCAAUGGAGUAAGAUGUAUGUGGUAACAGUGCAUGUAUUGCGGAGUAAUUCAUAACUUUAUUUAGCUCAGUUACCAGGGCCGCUCCUUCCCCAGUGACGUCGACACCCCGAUCCCAUCACCCAGCAAACACUCCUUACACCCAACACGCGGCGAAAUGGAACGACUAAUCCCCCCACAAUCACCACCACCCCACCAGUACUAAGCAUGACAAUAUCCUGAAGAUAAUGAUUACAUGCCUGCAUCAACACACACACACACACACACACACACACACACACACACACACACACACACACACACACUAAUGGUAAAUUAAGGCACAAAAUCAGGACGUAGAGACAACAAUGCCACAACAAAAAUAGGUUUCUUUCUCAGUAUUUUCUAUGUACAUAACUUCCCUGCCGCCGUUACGAACGAGACCACCACCACAACCAAAUCUGAAACGAGGCCCUGCAAAGUAGUAGUUGUAAGAUCCUAUUUAUGUAUACAGUUUUAUAAUAAAAUGCUAUAUUAUCGAAUAAGACUUAAACUUUAGUAGCCUUAAAACAGACAAGAGAAAUUGAAGCACUAAUGAAACCAGACGUGUGUGUGUGUGUGUGUGUGUAACUGGACUUUUUCCAAACAUGUCACGGCAUUCUAGAAAACAGUAUAGAAUGGACGAAUCCUGUUCAGUGUCAAAGAAAUUAGAGGCAUAACCUCAGUAUUUCCAGCAGACUGCCAAAUAUCUACCAAAUUUUACAUUGUUCUCUAACAUAAAUAUUUUAACCUAAACGUAGUCUCUCCUUUCGCUCACAUGUAAACAGAAUCCUUCCAUGUUUACAUUUUUCUGUAUAUCUUUUUCAGAAUUUCUCGAAACAUUUUCUUAGUUUACGUGCAAGAAAAUAAUAGUAUUAGAGUGUUGAAGACCAGGAAAAAUGAAACCAUGAAAAAUUUUACUGACAGAUACAUCUUACACUUUAGCGUGGUACGACAGAGUUCGUAACUUUCCUUCAAAGAUCUUACGUGAUUUUUCGAAAAAAAAAAAAAAAAAACUACUCAACGGAUCAGACUACUAAGUCACUCAGUGGUGCCUUGAAUUUAUAUUCGAAAUUUCCAUCACAACAAUUUAUUAAGUUAGAUGAGAAACAACAACAGUCAAACUUAACAAAAAUACACACCAUUUUCUCACUUUUUUAUAUGUUUCCCAUAAGAUGAGGUGAAGUAAUGCCUGUAUUAUCUAUGAUUGUUCAACUGGCAAUCACAAUAUACCCUCGGUACUUUAUCUGGGUUAACCCUGUCGAUUUUCCUAAACUGCAAAUGACAGGCAAUAAAAUUUCUAAACUACUAUAAUCUAUUUUGCUUCCAGCGGUUCUUUCAACUUAUAUUCCGAAAUUGCGCCAGAGUAUUUCAUCAAACUCCAAGAAAAAUCAUAACCGUGAAAGGUUAAUUUAUCUUUAUUAUUUUCACAUAUUCAAAGUAAGUCAGGAAAAGUCUGCUUUAGUGAAUACUCCAAAGAAUCUCGGAGAUACAAGGCAGUGCAACUCAGUGCCGAUCUCAAAACUGGAUAAAUGGGAGGGUUGCUCCAGGAAGGAUUUCCGGCGCACAACCUGCCAAAUCAGAAACAAAUCAAAUGAGAACACCAUACCGAAUCCGUCGUGGCCCGGUUCACCAACGACUACCAACAAGGCGCCGAAGGACGGAAUGCGAUUUUUAGGAGGAGGAGGAGAGGGAGAAGCAAGACAGGAAGAACAAAACGGUAGAUAUAAGAGUGGGGUCAUUAAAUGUUAGUUCCAUGACUGGUAAAAGGAGAGAGCUGACUGACAUGAUGACGAGGGCAAAGAUACACGUGGUGUGUGUGUGAGAAAUUAAAUAUAUUGGUAGUAAAAUUGAUUUGAGGAAGUUACAAGAGGUUCUGUGAUGGCGUGCAAGGAAAAGUGGUGUUGGAAUGGUGGUAAGGAAAAAGUACUAUAACAUUGUGCAGAAGAUUGAGAAAUUAUCUGGCCAAGUAAUGAGUGUGAAAAUGGAAAUGGAAGGAAUCCCACUGAAUGUGAUCAGUGCACACGCCCCUCAAACGGACUAUGAAUUAAAGAUAUAUGAAGAGUUCUAGAGUAAAGUAGAGGAAGUGAUCAGAGCAUACCCAAGGAGGAUAUAGUCAUUAUUAGAGCAGAUUUCAUUGGGCAUAUCAGAGAAAGAAACAACGGUGAUGAGGAUAUGAUGGGCAAGUAUGGUGUGGAGAAGAGCAACGCGGAGACACGGAUAGCUGUUGACUCCAAAAGGGACGGAGAUGGCACGGCGUUGCAUAUAAGGGUGGGGGAAGGAGUACGCAAAACAAACUUUAUACUGUGUGGAUGUAAUCUGAAAGAGUUUAGUGAUUGCGAGGUUGUGUCCGGGGAGAGUGUGGCAGACAAAAAUAGUGUUGAUUAGAAAGUUGAGUCUGGAAGUGAAAACGAGGAAGAUCUAGAAAAGUAAACCAAAGAUACAGACAAAAGGAAGAUUUUGAAGAAGCUGAAAAUAAUAAAGGUUCCGCGGUUUUCUCUACGAGUGACGAGGGUAGACAAAAUCAGGAACGAAUACAUCAAAAACACAAAACAUGAACGUCGUUUUGAGAGCAAAGGUAAAGAAGCGAGACUAAGGUGAUUUGGGAAUAUCAAGAGGAAAGACGAGGAGUAUGUGGGAUGUGGGGAGGAGGAUGCUGAAGAUGAAUCUAUCCGGCUGGAGAAAGAAAAGAAAAAAAGCCUAAGAGGAAGUUUGUGGACGCAGUGAAAGAAGACAUGCUUGUAAAGGGCUUUAACUGAGAAAGGCGCAGAAGACCGAGCUUAUUGGAGAAGGGUGACCCGCUGAGUAGUGUGUGAUUAUUAUACAGUUGGCAGUGCGCCCUGGCGACAGGUGAAGACCAGGGCGGAAGAACAAACCUCACGUGAUAGCAAUACCGGUACGUGCAGUAAAAAGAUAUGUACUAAAGAAAUAUGUAUAGCAGAUCUUCAGACUAUCAUCGUUACUGCAAAAUCAUAACAAGUUUACAAGAUUAUAACACAUGGAAAUAACAACAGUAUUCAUAUGUCACAUAUGGGCUAAGGAUUUUUUCUUUAUCUGAUUAAUCAUUAUCAAAUUCUAUUAGACAGCAGAGAAAUCUUGCGUGGAAAAAAAAAAAAAAAGAGAGAAAAAAAGAGCAUGAGUGUGGAAGAGGGAGGGGAGCAAGACUUGUGCGUGGCGGGAUUAUAAGUAGGUGGCGACGGGUUGGCUCUCAGCAGUCUUGCCUCCUGAUACCAUGUUCAGCAUAGUGAAAAAAAUAAUCGAGCUCAAGACCAUGCAACAAGCAAAGAAGGCGCAGACUGUACCCAACAUCAAUUUCAGCAUUCUUUGCUGCUGCCGUGCCUGCACUGCUAAUUGUCCCUGGGAAACGACGCCUCUCAGAAUAAAGUCUCCGUGCAUGACGAGCUGUUUCUUCUGCUGCCCCAUUCCCAUCUUCUUCUUCAUCCUCUUGGCUCUCUGCCUCAUGCCAGCCCGGUGUCCUCCCAUCCAUUUCCCUUCUAUAACUUCCCGUUGCUUUCCUCUGGUAGAUCUCCGCACACCUUUCCCACACGGAGGCAAUGCCUUGUUUCGAUCCAUUGUGUCAAAUUUUAUAGAAAUAAAUACAUAUACAAAAUAUAUAUAUAUGAAAUUAUUCUUUCGAGAACAGCUGGAUAUUGUAAAUCCAGCAAAAAUAUUAUUUUCUUCUUCAUUGAUUGUCUUCUUGGUGAGGGAAUGGGCUCUGUGUCAUUUAAAGGUCUAUUAAGAUAGACUAAUCUCUCUCUCUCUCUCUCUCUCUCUCUCUCUCUCUCUCUCUCUCUCUCUCUCUCUCAGAUUGAGAGAGAGAGAGAGAGAGAGAGAGAGAGAGAGACUCCAUGAAAACUUGCAGAAACUGAUGUUCUAAUCUUCCGGCUGUCGAUGUCUUUGGUCUGUCACUGGUAGGAGUGGAUAUGCUGUGCUGCAACUUUGUUGUAGUGUGCGUACAGUUAAAUACGUACAAUGGUGGGAUAUAAUGUACACACUGAAACUGAGAACAUACUCGUACUAUUAUUAUUGGAAAGAAGGAAAGCGUUGCGUAUAGUAAAGUAAGCAACAUACCUACCAACAUUAUAAUAAAUCUAAGAGUAUAGCAUGCUGAGCUACCUCUGUAUCAAGGAUGUUAUUCUUCCUUGCUCUGUAUCGUUCCCCAGCCAAGACUGUCCCCAACUGGUGUGUUUGUGCCUCUCAAGAAGCGAGACGCGCUGUUUUGUCCCAGGCAACGUUUGCUGCUCACAGAAAAGUAGGAAUACGCAGCAACACACUCGAGCUUCCCUGGUUCAAAGAUAAACGUACACCGUUCUCUCUUCACUCCAUCCGACAGAAGAAGCUACUGCAGCCAUGAGUCAGGGUAAAAUGGGUGCUGAGGGGCCUGGAUUCAUUGGGAUCCGUUUCUGCCAGGAGUGUAACAACAUGCUGUACCCUAAAGAGGACAAGGUGA